AUGAAGACCACUUACCUUUCCACCGCCGCCCUGGCGCUGGCAUCGACCGCCUUGGCCACCGAUCCUCUCACUGCCGACAAAAUCGAGGCUGACAUCAAGACCGUCGAGCUUGAGCGCGUUCUUUGGAACCUCAACAAGAUCGGUCGCGACAAUGGGGGUACUCGUGCCUUCGGUACCCCGGGUUACAAAGCUUCAGUCGACUUCGUCCUGGAGCGCGCCCAGACACGCUUCUUUAAGCAGAUGGAUACCUGGGUCCAGCCUUUCAACCAUACUUUUGAGCAGACCAACGCCAUUUCCGUGACCGGCCCUGAUGGCGAGGACGUUAUCGUCAUCAGCGCCGAGUACAACACCGCCACCCCGCUUCCCGGUGGUAUCACUGCUCCCCUCAUCGACACUCCCGUCGACGAUGAGAACGGCUCCGGAUGUCUGCCCGAGUCAUUCGAGGGUAUCGAUGCCACUGGCAAGCUUGCCCUCGUGAAGCGUGGCGUGUGCGCCAUCUCUGAUAAGAUCAAGAACGCGAAGGCCGCUGGUGCCCUCGGUGUCAUCUUGUACAACCAGGUUCCUGGCAACGACAUUAUCAAGCCCACGCUCGGCGCCGAGAACAUUGGCCUUCUAGUUCCUCUGGGCAUUAUCACGCUCGAGACGGGUGAGGCCUGGAGUGCCGCCCUUGCUGCGGGCGAGGAGGUCACCGUGACCCUUCUCGUUGACUCCAUCUUCGAGGAGCGCGAGACGUGGAACGUCAUCUCCGAGACCAAGGAGGGUGACCCGAACAAGGUCAUCAUGCUCGGCGCUCAUCUUGACAGUGUCCUUGAGGGCCCCGGCAUCAACGACGAUGGCUCCGGCACCGCUGCUCUCCUUGAGCUGAUGGGAUCCGUCAAGAAGUACAGCGGCUUUCCCCACAAGAUCCGUUUUGCGUGGUGGGCUGCCGAAGAGGCCGGCUUGGUUGGCUCGUACUACUACACUGAGAACCUCAGCUCCGAGGAGGCCGACAAGAUCAAGUACUACUUCAACUAUGACAUGAUCGGUUCUCCCAACCCCAUCUACGAGCUCGCCACCUACAACAACAGCGGCAUCGGUCCCCAACUCUUGGCCGACUACAUCGAGGCCAACGGCAAGGAGGUUUCUUACGCUGAGUUCGAUGGUCGCUCCGACUACGCCGGCUUCGUCGAGCUCGGCAUCCCGACGGCCUCCAUCUUCACCGGAGAGGGUGAGAACGACCCCUGCUACCACUUGGCCUGCGACACCCUUGACAACAUCAACUGGGACGCCAUCACCAUCAACACCAAGGCUGCCGGUCGCGCUCUUGCUACCCUUGCGAACUCGCUCGAGGGCGUUCCGGCUCGUGCCACCACGACCCCCAUCCUCCGUGGCCGCGCUGCUGUCAUGCAGCAGUUCCGCCGCUGGAAGGCCCUGGCUGAGCACUCUCGCCAUGGCAAGACGUGCUCGCACAACGACGUGAACAAGAUCUACUAA